AUGGACAAGAAUGAGCGCAUUAUCAUCGUCGGAGCCGGUGUUUUCGGCCUUUCGACUGCAUUGCGACUGAAAGAAGAGGGCUAUAAUGCAGUCACUGUUCUUGACCGCUCUAUGCCUCCUGUUUCCGAUGGCUCCAGUAACGAUAUUUCUCGUAUCAUUCGGUUCGACUAUGGUGAUACCAUAUACGCCGCUAUCGCGAAGGAGGCAUACGACCUAUGGAAAACAAACGAUUACUCCGAUGCAUUCUACUCUGCUCCCUGCUUCUGGGUAUGUCAGGAAGAGACUCCGGAGGAGCCAGUGCAGUCUCGCGCGCAGGAAUACAGCGAAAAGACUAAACGCACAGUUGCAGAGGCGAAGCAGAGAUUUCCUCAAUUAACUGGAGAGCUUGCGUCCCCAGGAUUUGACGGUUUCUACAACACUGCUGCUGGCUGGGCUGAUGCUGGCAAGGCUAUUGCCCGUCUUGCAUCUCGAUGUGUGCGCGCCGGGGUGUCCUACAUCACUGGCUUUAACGGCCAGGUUGUUGAGUUUGAGAAGGCUCAGGAUGGAACGAUCACCUCCGUCAACACUUCAGGCGUCUUCAAUAUCGAUGGUGAUCUAUUCAUCGUCGCUACUGGGGCCUGGACAGCCAGCUUGAUACCCGCAUGGAACGCGAUGCUUGCAGCUGGUCAAAUCGUCGGGUACAUGAAAUUAACACCCGAUGAAGUCGCCGAACUAAGAGAUAUUCCCAUUUAUUUCAAUUUUUCUACUGGUUUCUUCUAUUUUCCUCCUCACGAAGGCACUGGAUACCUCAAAGUUGCCUGUCACAGCUUCGGCUACACCAAUUCCAAUGAUUCGAGCAUUUCUUCUCCACCCAGCAAGCCGCCAGUAUCGCGUGCCAACUUCAUUCCGCAAGAUGGCAUGAUCAGACUUGCAUCCGGACUGAAGAGUAUCUUGCCCCGUUUUGCCGAUCGAAGUUUCGAGCGGGUUGGCAUUUGCUGGUACAACGACACCCCCACUGGUGAGAGAAUGUUUUUAUUGCCACUGGAGGCAGUGUUCCUGCCGGUGUUGGGCAAGUAUGCCGUCGGAUGCCUUGAGCGUAGCCUCUCCGACAAGUUGCUUAGCAAAUGGAAAUUCCCCACUCAGUUCAGAGACCGCUUCCAAAGUGAUAUAUUCACUGGAGAUGGGAGCCGUGGCGGACCCGAACGUCGUGAAAUGACUGGUGACGAGAAGGGGAGCUUUGAUGCUGCGUUGACGGCUUCUGCUCGCGAGGCUAAGAUCUAA